AUGGAGAUGAAUUACGAUGAUGCAGAAUUGCAUCAAAUCGAGGCCGAGAUUGGCAAGGAGAUCUUGCCUGGCACAGAAGUACGUCGACCUCUUUCUCUUACGCAUACAAAGGAUCUCUUGCUAACAAGAUACCCAUCANNGAUUAUGACUGAUGUCGGUAGCCACCACUUCGUCAAAGGCCACAACGGUGUCCUCGUCCCUCAACCCUCAGAUGACCCCCACGACCCCUUGAACUGGUCGACGAAAUGGAAGUUCCUCGCCAUCACCUCAAGCAGUCUGGUGUCCUUCUCCCAAGGCUUUGGUCCCUUGGCGCUGGCACCUGCGUUUGGCUACUACAUCAAGGAGUUCGAUUGCUCGCUGGCAGAUGCUAUUCAGUUUACCGGUGUCUCUAUCCUCAUCCUCGGCUUCAGCAACUUUUUGUGGGUGCCACUGAGCAGUUCUUUCGGACGCAGAGUGGUGUAUAUCGCCAGUCAGUUGAUCUGUCUGGCGAGUAUGAUUUGGAGGGCUAGAGCACAGACAUAUGGCUCUUUUAUGGGUGCUUGUGUGCUCAAUGGACUUGGUGCUGGGCCUGCCGAGUCCAUUCAGCCUGCGGUGAUUGCAGAUGUCUUUUUCCUGCACAACCGUGGCUUCCAGAACACUGUAUACUGGACAGCGUAUAUGGGUUCGUUGAUGGUUGCGCCCAUCAUCUCUGGAGUCAUGUCUGAUCGCCUGGGCUGGAGAUCUUUCUGGUGGCUCAAUGUCGGUCUUGUCGCCGUCUCUUUGCUCAUGGUCAUCUUCUGUUUCCCAGAGACCAAGUAUCAUCGCCCCCAUCCUCAUGAGAUUGCCACUGCAGCACCACGCAAGUACGACGAUAGCAACUCUACCCUUCCCGUCCCUGACAAACUCAACUCUGGCCACGUCGAAGACAUUGAGAUCCAAAACAUCGAAUCCUCGCCUGCAGGUAUGCCUAACCUCUCCGCCACCAAGACCGCAGACCGCGAUCCCUUCCUUGGAAAAGGCUAUCCCUCGAAAGCGCAAUGGAAACUCUGGCAACCUAACCCUCAUCCAUUCAAGAGUAUGGCUCUCGAUCUUUGGCUCCCCUGGAAACUGUUUACCUUCCCCAUUGUCGAGUUUGCAGCUUUUGUUUGCAGUUGGUCUUGCAGCAGUUUCUUGACAUUGAACUUGACGCAAGCGCAAGCGUUUGCGGCACCACCGUACAACUUUUCAUCCGAAAGUAUCGGCUUCUUCAACUUUGCAAUUCUCAUCGGUGCCAUCAUCGGUCUGGCUACUUCUGGAAAGCUUAGUGAUUGGGUAGCUGCCAAAGCGACAAGGAGAAAUGGAGGUAUCCGACCCCUGUUCGUGGCCAUCACCGUCAACAAAAACGUCUGGGGCUAUGGGUUCAGUAAGUUCAUCACGCCGUGGGUUGAAGAGUCGGGAUUCAUUCCGCCAAUCAUGACGAAUGGAAGUUUGGUGCUUUUGUGGUGUUUGUUUGGAAUCUUGUUUUAUUACAAGGGCAAGACGUUUAGGAGGUGGUCUCGUAACUCGUCGGUGCACAAGAUGUAA